AUGGAGCAGCAGCAGGUGCAGGUGCAGGUGCAGGAGCAGGAGCAGGUGCAGCAGCAGGAGCAGCAGCAGCUUAAGAAGAAGGUCAAGGCAAAAGGCAAGAAGAUCCGGGUGAAAGAUCUCCCAAAGUCCGGUAAAGAUGUGCCUGUGGGGACAAGCUGUCAGGUGACCGGGUGGGGCGUGACCAAGGAGAAGGUCAGGGUGGCGUCAAACACCCUGCAGGGGGUGGAGGUGAAGAUUGAGGGCCGGGACCUGUGCAGCUGCUAUUACAACAGCAACCCGGUGAUCACACAGGACAUGCUCUGUGCAGGAAACAAAAAGGCCAAGGCUGACGCUUGCUGGGGUGACUCCGGCGGGCCGCUGCUUUGUAAGAAGAUGCUUGUGGGCGUGGUUUCCGGUGGUCAUGGCUGUGGUGACCCCAAGAAGCCGGGCGUGUACACCCGCCUGUCAGAGCGACACCUGUCCUGGAUUAAAAAGAUCAUAAAGCAUCGCAGCAACAUCACUGCUCCUCUGACUGAUGUUUGAGUAAAGCCCUGCCCUCAGCUUCGUAAUGCAUACUUUCUGUUAAACUGCAUACUUAUUAGCAGCAUACUCUCUGUUAAACUGCAUACUUAUUAGCAGCAUACUCUCUGUUAAACUGCAUACUUAUUAGCAGCAUACUCUCUGUUAAACUGCAUACUUAUUAGCAGCAUACUCUCUGUUAAACUGCAUACUUAUUAGCAGCAUACUCUCUGUUAAACUGCACACUUAUUAGCAACUUUGCAUAUAUUAGCCUGGGUCAAGUAUACCAGGGCAUUAUUGGGAUUUUAAAGUAAUACGCAAAUAAAAUUUAUGCAAAAAUG